AUGGUAGAUAGUGACACAAACUCUCCCACGUGGAAAUUUACCCAAUGCUUUGGUGAUAAGGCCGAUAUCAUAUCCACAGUCGAGUUUGACCACACCGGCAAUUAUCUGGCGACAGGAGAUAAGGGUGGGCGUGUUGUCCUCUUCGAGAGAAACGAGACAAAAAAGACAUGCGAGUACAAGUUCCAUACCGAGUUCCAGUCGCACGAGCCCGAGUUCGACUAUCUGAAGUCUCUCGAGAUAGAGGAGAAGAUUAACAAGAUCAAGUGGUGCCGAAGACAAAAUGCUUCACAUUACUUGUUAUCGACCAACGACAAGACGAUCAAGUUAUGGAAGGUUUUCGAAAAGUCCCUCAAGGUCGUGGCAGAGAACAACCUGUCCCAAGAUCUUACUCCAGGCCACCUCCCCGGCGGUGGGGCGAAUCUAUCGCGGCCUCUAGGUCAUCAGCAGUUCCGGAACCCGACUGACCUCAAGCUACCCCGCCUGACGCAUCACGAUACGGUCGUCGCAGCCGUUCCUCGUCGCACUUACGCGAAUGCCCAUGCCUAUCACAUCAACAGCAUUUCCGUCAACAGUGACGGAGAGACGUUCAUCAGCAGCGAUGAUCUCCGCAUAAACCUUUGGAACCUUAACAUCCAGGACCAGAGUUUCAACAUUGUGGACAUCAAGCCUGCAAACAUGGAAGAGCUGACCGAGGUCAUAACCGCUGCAGAAUUCCACCCACUUAGCUGCAAUUGGUUCAUGUAUGCCAGUUCAAAAGGCACCAUCAAGCUGGCUGAUAUGCGAGAAAGCGCUCUCUGUGACCAGCAUGCUAAGUUGUUUGAGCAAGAAGAGGAUCCGGCGUCGCGAUCGUUCUUUUCAGAAAUCAUAUCGUCUAUCUCCGACGUCCGCUUUUCGUACGACGGUCGCUAUAUCUUGUCACGAGACUACCUAACGGUUAAGAUAUGGGAUAUAAACAUGGAGAGGCAACCUGUUAAGACAAUACCAAUCCACGAGCACUUGAGACCGCGUCUCUGCGAUACCUAUGAGAAUGACAGCAUUUUCGACAAGUUCGAGGUUGUAUUCUCGGGGGAUGCCAAGAACGUGAUGACUGGAAGUUACAACAAUAACUUCAUGAUUUAUCCAUCGGACCCAGACAAGGAAGUUGAGGUGGUUCUUCAGGCUGACAAGUCUGCCUUCAAGGCCAAGAAGGUGGGGGUACCAACCCCUAUAAACUCGUCUACGAGCCCAACCACUGCCAAUGGGAAGAAGGACGGCUCCCGAGCAGGUAGUCCAGGGACUGGCCCUGGCCAGAGGAUGCGGAAAGAAACGGAUGCGGAUCAGAUUGACUUCAACAAGAAGAUCCUUCACAUGAGUUGGCACCCCUUCGAAGACAGUAUUGCUAUUGCGGCGACGAAUAAUGUCUAUGCAUUAGAGUCAAUCAUUCAGGUCGAGCCUGCUAGUGGUACCCUCCUCACGUUUGUGCAGUUUCUGUUUAUUGCCGUGACCGGAUACGUUUCCCAGUUCGACAUCUCAAGACCACCGUUCUUCCUGCAGCAAAACAAAGUACCACUGCGCCGUUGGCUAGUGAAUAUUGUUCUUUUCUUCACCAUCAACGUAUUGAACAAUCAUGCAUUCAGCUAUGAUAUCUCCGUUCCUGUACACAUCAUUCUUCGAUCUGGAGGAAGCAUCACCACAAUCAUUGCUGGAUACCUGUACGGGAAGCGAUAUUCCCGAGUUCAGGUCACGUCCGUGGUCCUUCUGACCAUUGGGGUCAUUACCGCAGCAUACGCCGAUGCCCAGUCCAAGGACUCUAAUGCGCCGUCAACUACUGAGGGGCGUCCAGCCUUUAGCACGGGACUCAUCAUUCUCCUAGUAGCGCAAAUUUUGUCGGCCGUCAUGGGGUUGUAUACGGAAGAGACGUACAAAAUCUACGGCCCACGCUGGCGAGAGAAUCUAUUCUACUCCCACCUGCUAUCUCUGCCUCUCUUCCUCCCCUUCGCGGGGUCGCUAACUACCCAGUUUGGAAAACUGGCCAAGAGUCCUCCGUUACAAUGGCACUCGAGUCCGGAAUCCGACCCAGGCUAUUAUGGCGUAGAGAUCUGGCUACCCACGCAGAUAUUGCACAAGAUACCUAGCCAGCUUGCAUAUCUGACUGCAAAUGUGCUCACGCAGUACGCCUGUAUACGUGGGGUGAACCUCCUUGCCGCAGCGUCAUCUGCGUUGACGGUCACUAUUGUUCUCAACAUCCGCAAACUAGUGAGCUUGCUAUUGAGUAUUUGGUUGUUUGGGAAUCAACUCGCCCCAGGGACUUUGGUUGGGGCCAUAAUCGUCUUCGGAGCCGGCGCGAUGUACUCUUUGGGCUCCAAACCUAAGCAGCCAGCUCCAAGCAAGGUGCCAAGCACUAACAAGAAGGAGAGAGUGGAUUAA